GUUACAGUGCAAUAUGCCCGGUAAUUGGCGACUGAUGAAGAACCAAAAAUGGUGGAGGAACUGUGGAUUGAAUGGACAUAACCUAUUUCUCAGUGUCAUACCAAUGUAAAGGCAAUUUCCUUCUCACAAUUCACAAACCAAACAUUCCCUCAGUGUUUCUGUUUCUGUCUUAAUGGAGAAGAUCAAACUUGGCAUGAGAUUUCAAGGUAAGGUGGCCAUUGUGACUGCUUCCACUCUGGGAAUCGGCUUUAGCAUAGCCCAAAGGCUUGGUUUGGAGGGUGCAUCUGUUGUCAUUUCCUCUCGGAAACAGAAAAAUGUUGAUAAGGCUGCUGGCAAACUGAGAGCUCAUGGAAUCCAAGUAUUGCCUAUUAUUUGUCACGUUUCAAAUGCACAACAAAGGAAGAAUUUGAUCGACAAAACUUUACAGAAGUAUGGAAAGAUAGAUGUCGUUGUGUCGAAUGCUGCCGUACAUCCUUCUGUAGAUCCCAUUUUGCAAACACAAGAAUCGAUCCUUGACAAGCUGUGGGAGAUAAAUGUCAAAUCCACCAUUCUUCUUCUCAAGGAUGCAGCUCCUCACUUGAAGAAGGGUUCUUCUGUUGUACUCAUUUCCUCACUUGCUGCUUAUAACCCACCACCUACCAUGGCUAUGUAUGGAGUGACCAAAACAGCAGUUCUUGGACUUACCAAAGCUCUGGCAAAUGAAAUGGCACCCAACACUCGGGUCAAUUGUGUUGUUCCUGGAAUUGUGCCAACUCAUUUUGUUGCGCUCUAUACCUCUAAUGAUGCUAUAAGGGAGGAACUAGAAAGGACGGCAUUGAUAGGAAGGCUUGGUACAGCAGAAGAAAUGGCAGCUGCUACAGCGUUUUUGGCGUCUGAUGAUGCUUCUUACAUAACAGGAGAAAAUCUCGUGGUUUCUGGGGGAAUGCCUUCCAGGUUGUAGUUCCACUUUAUUGAAAAUUGUUAAAA